AUGGAAGAACGAGAGCUUGGAGGCACCGGAACGUUCCAUACGGCGGGGGCUCGAUGGGGGGUGAGUGGAGGGGCGUGUACCCUGAACUCCAACCAACAUGGCGACCAUACUACAGAUGCAUUUCUCAGAACAGAUGGGUCUGGUCACUCCAUCAACGGAAACCCCCAGAUAUUUUCCACACGCACAUGUGAAGACCGCCCAUGCGCAGAAGAAGAAGUUUGCGUUCCAGUGACAGCUGGCACAGCUCACAUAUGCCUCCUGGCGCCACCACGUGACAUUCCCACGUCCACAUCCACGCCAACUUCAACUUCAAUACCGCCAGUUAAUGAUUCUACUACAUCUGAAACUGACACUCCUGUCGCAACAGCUUCGACUACUGUAGAACACACCGAUGUCGACAUUACCACCGACACUACUGUCCUCUCAGCUGAUACAACUUCCCUCACUACUACGGCAACUACUACAUCUGCUGCAAAAACGACAACUACUACUGCCCCUGCAGCUACUACAACUGCUUUAGCCGAGUACGUUGGCUGCUACAGAGACAGGAGGCCGCGAUUUCUGCCAGACGGGCGCAUGCAAAACGCACUUUUGACGACUGAAACCUGUUUAUUGUACUGCCAAGGCAAAGGAUUCAUAUAUUUUGGAACACAGAAUAGAAAUGAAUGUUACUGUGGAAACAGCAUCAAAAGUGGAUAUGAGAGGUUAUCAGAUGAUGAAUGUUCAUUCAAGUGUGCUGGUGAUCCAGAGACUACGUGCGGGGGCAGCUGGAAGAACUCCGUCUAUAAAAUCGUUGUUUAUUCAUAGACCAUAACGAACUCUUCCACGAAUGAGGAAACUAUUCGACCGCACUACCGCGGAAGGUUAUAGUUAUAGCAAAUUGCCUAUUAUUCAAUCUCUGUUGAAAGGACAUCGUCAUAUCUAAAUUAAUCGACUCUCAUGUGCAGCAUUGCUGUGACUUGAAUAGUAGUAUUGAAAGAAUGUGUUGUAAAACAUAUGGGCAGAAAGCACGAUAGAAAUCGACACAGAGAGUGAUUUUCAGGUUUUACUUGCAGCAAGAAGCUUGCAAUUAGGCGGGUUUCAUUUUAAAAUUCAAUAUAGUGCCGUUACAUAUACACAGUAUGUUAUAUCCUAACUUAUUUUAACUCAUAUGACAUACUUCAUAAAGUCCAGAUAUCUGAUGUUCAAUUACCUGCCAAUGGUACCUCUGAAACUUCCAACUUAAACUCACCGGUUCUUCUUGACACUUCAUGUAUAUUAUCCAUUACGCAGUUAGCAGUUUUAUAACGGUAAUUAUAGCUCGCCUCAAGAAGACCCUUAGAAGUUUUCAAUUAACACAAACGUGUAUAAUCUGCUGUGUGUGGUAAUUUAAACUUAAAUUAUAAUUACAUUGAUCCGAUCGCUCUUUAUUGACUUACUUGCUUUGAUCAUAAAUGCGUGGAUGACUUAAUCGACACCAGACUCAGAGAUAUUGAUCGUAAAUUCUCAAGGGAAGCGAGUUCCCUUUGAUGGAGUGAGAUCUGACAAGUUGACAAAAGAUACCCGAGAUGGAGCAGAUCAAAUACACACUUCUAGGAUGUUAAGCAUUGGGGUAUACGUAUCUCUUGUAACUGAUCAGAAAGGUCCAAAUGGAAAUAAGGAAAUAUGUCGACUAACACUAUUCUGGACUUUGAAAAAUGAAUGUUACACAAUUGAGUGAGUGGAUGAGUUUAAACUUUACAUCGUAUCGGCAAUAUUGCAGCCAUAUCGACGAAGGACAGUAACCCCCUGAGUGGCACAGCCUUCAAUAAAGGACGAUGUCGUAUUGGCCAGUAGCAAGAUUAUUGUAAAGUUCUAAAAUAUCAAGAAUUAACGGAUGGUUUGAGUUGUCAGUCUUAAGUGAUGUCAGGAUAAAA